AUGGCGCGUCGAAAACAGGUUAACCCUUCUCGCAGUCGAGCAUCGCGCGCCGCUUGCACACCAUCCGAAGUCGUUGAAGUUCCACCGUUAGAUUUGGCAGUCUCCCACGUGCCUCCGGCACCUCUUUCCUCACCCACGCUUGUCGCUCCGCAAAUUGAAGGCAGACAGCGCAGACCUGACGGCGACGGUAGCGGCGGCAGCCAGCUAGCCGGCCAAUCCGAUGCCUGGCGUAUAAUAUGGGUCAAGCUAGGGGAUCCUGAAGGUGCUGAUGUGGCAAUACUGGGACCAUUCUCACCGUCGCAGCAUCCGAAUUGCACUCCCCUCCACGUUCUCAACCAGCAAAGCCGCAGCGGUUGCGCUUCCGCUGCUUCUAGCGGCGCCACACCUACCGUGACGCCCGGUAGUGUCAUACUCGAUAGCGACAUACCCGAUAGCGAAAUACUCGAUAGUGGCGAUCCGCUGGGUCGUCUAGCCGUGCUUCCUGCGUUCUUAGAGCGGCACGGAGGAGCGCGCGGGGAAGAGGGCGGCGUGGGCGCGGGCGAGGGGCGGGCGGGGCUGCAUGCGUGCCUGAGCGUGCGCGAGGGCCGUCGCACGGGUGGCGAGCCGUGUGGGCGCGCGCAGGUGCUGCGGGUGCGCGCGGAGGACGUGGUGCUUCACGUGGUGCGCGCAGAGGAGGGCACAGGGGAGCGCGCAGGGGGAAGGGAGGGGGAAAGGGAUGGAGAGGCGGAAAAAGGGAGGGGAGGGGAAGGGGUUGGGGGUGAGGAUAGGGAGAAGUGCGAGGUGUGGGAGGAGGAGGAGAAAGGGGAGAGGGAACGAGGGGAGGCGGAGGGAAGGGAGGGGGAGAGAGGGCGGAGGGCGGAGAUAGUAGUGUCUGUGAGGGCGAGUGAAGUGAGGCAGCUGCAGCACCCACGUGCCUUGCACGCGCUGCUGUACCUCGCAGAGAGGCACCUCGUUACUGUCACACCCUACCUCGCUGCUACAGGUCACAGCAAUACAGCAGCGGAAGCAGGUGCGGCAGAAGCACGCCCAGCAGCGGAAGCAGGUGCAGGGCCAUGUGAAUCACAUGUGUGUCUGUGUGGGUGCGUGUGGGUGGCGGUAGGCAUCCCCUGCAGCCUAGCCCCCACUCUACCCCUACCGGAUGUGCGCGCCCCUCUGCUCUCCCCGCUGCUCAACUCUCCUGGACAUGAUGCUCAUGACGUGGCUACUGCUGACGUGGCUACUGCUGAAGUGGCUAAUACUGACGUGGCUGUUGAUCUAGGUGGAGAAGAUGGGGUCAAGGAGAAGAGCGAACGGGAGAAAGGGAAGGGGAAGAGUGACGAGGGAAGCAACACAGGCGUGACAGUGGAUGGUGGCAGGGGAGGUGGCGGCGAUGCCUCUGGCUGUGCCUCUGCUUCUGCGGCUGCUAGUGGCGAUGAGGCUGGUGCAGCGGAGGCGCAAGGGGGAGUGCAUGGCAGCGUAUAUGGCAGGGGGUAUGGCAGGGUGCUUGUGGGCAGCUGCUUUGACCUUGCUCAGCUGUACGCUGCUGUGCAUCCCAGCAGGAACCUUCCACCACUUGCCACGUGUCCUGCCGGCCUGCUGCCUUCGCUGAGGCUGUACCAGAGCCGGGCCGUGGCGUGGAUGGUGCAGCGCGAGCAGGGCGCUCAGGGGGGAUGUGGGGAAGGCAAGACAGGGAGACAUGUGGGCGGUGGGGAGGGGGAUGCGGUGCUAGGGGAGCAGCAUGGAGGGUGGAGCCAUGCGGAGCAGCAGCAGCAGCAGCAGCAGCAGCAGCAGCAGCAGCAGCAGCAGCAGCAGCAGCAGCAGCAGCAGGGGUGGGGAGUGGCGGAGCAGCACCCGUUGUGGCGGCGGGUGACAGCAGGCAGCGCCACUGACCCCUUGUCGCAGCCGACUCACACCAGCACCGCCCCUGGCGCCACUCUCCUCUACAACCCCUUCCUAGGCACAUUCGUCCGUCUUCCCCCCUCCGCCUCAUGUGCAAGGGCUGGGAGGCAGCCGCAGGGGGAAGAGGCAGUGGGGCAUGGGGGGAAGAGGGAAAGCGGGGAGAUGCAGCGAAGUGGCUCCUCAUUGGGUCCAGGUCUGGUGAGCCAAGGUCUGGCGAGUGCAGGUUGGGGGAGUGGUGUGUGCGGGUGGGUGGGUGAAGUGGCGGGGGCAGUGAGAGGCGGCAUUGUGGCGGAGGAGAUGGGGCUGGGGAAGACCGUUGAGGUGCUUGCUUGCAUCCUCGCCCACCGCUGGAGGGGCGGUGGGGGUGAGGGAGAGGGGGAGGAGGCGGAGGAAAUUGUGUUGCAGGGAGAGCAGGUGACAAGAGGAAAGCGUAGGAGGGGGGAGGUAGAGGAUGAGGGGGUAAUGGGGAAGAGGAGGGGAGUGCUGAGAGGUGAGGAGCGGUCGGUGGAGAGGAGAGGAGAUUGGGCAUGUGGGGAGAAAGCGGAGGGGCUGGAAGGGUGGGAGAGUGUGGUGGUCGAGAGGGGAUGGCAGGAGAUGGCAGGUGGAGUGGCGGAGGAGAGGAUGGGGAUGGCAAGAGGCGGGUGGAUGGAGAGAGCAGUGAGGGAAAGGGCGGCGCGGGCAGCAAAGGGAAAUGCGGGGAUGGCAGCAGAUGGAGGGAUGGAGAGAGAUUGUGUGCAGGAGGCAGGCAAGCAGCGCAAGGGAGUGGAGGAGGGCAGGUGGGGAAGAGAGAGGAGGGGUGGGUGGCGUGAGGGGGAGUCGGAGGCGGUGAGGGAGGAGGUGCCUGCAGUGACUCUUGAUGACCUGGCAGCUGCUGACAUUGUGCUGACGUCAUAUGACACGCUGCGUGGCGAUAUCUGGCACGAUGUGGGUGGGCAGGGACACGUGGCAACACGGCAGCUGAGAUAUGAGAAGAGGUGCGUGGCAGGGGUGUGUGUGAUGCUGGCUGCGGUGGUGGCGGGUGUGUGUGGACGCAGCGCAGCAGGUGAAUGGGGGAGCCUCCAACGCCGCCAGAAUGGGGGCCUGCCUGCCCGCCCUCCCUCACCUGCUUGCUGUCCCACCCCUUCCUCUAGGUACCAAAUCCGCCCCACACCACUAACGCGUCUGCAGUGGUGGAGGGUGUGUCUGGACGAGGCGCAGCUGGUGGAGGGGGGGGCGUCCAACGCGGUCCUCAUGGCGGCCCGCCUGCCAGCGCGCCUCCGCUGGUGCGUCUCCGGCACGCCGCUGCACCGCGGCCUCCCUGACCUCCUCGGCCUGCUCCGGUUCCUCCGAGCCUCGCCGUUUGACGGGCCUCACUGGUGGCGGCAUUUUUUCCAGCUGCCUAUCCAGUUCAACUGUGAUGCCAAGUUCAACUGUGAUGCCAAGUUCAACUGUGAUGCCAAGUUCAACUGUGAUGCCAAGUUCAACUGUGCUGCCAAGUUCAACUGUGAUGCCAAGUUCAACUGUGAUGCCAAGUUCAACUGUGAUGCCAAGUUCAACUGUGAUGCCAAGUUCAACUGUGCUGCCAAGUUCAACUGUGAUGCCAAGUUCAACUGUGCUGCCAAGUUCAACUGUGAUGCCAAGUUCAACUGUGAUGCCAAGUUCAACUGUGCCUUGUGCUCUGCCCCACUGGUUCGUUCGCCCUUGCCCUCUCUCGUCUCGACUCCUCCCUCUUUAACUCCCCCCCUCAUAUCUCUCCAACGCCUCCCCCCCUCCGCCGCCUCCCCCUCUUUGGCAAUGCCACGUCAGAAUGGAUGCUUGGCAGCAUGGCACGCGCUCCUGGCCCUCAUGUCGAGGCUGAUGUGGCGCCAUCACAGGGCCGACGUGGCAGACGAGCUGGCGCUGCCACCUCAGCGGCAGCUGCUGACAGUGCUGCGGUUCAGCGCCAUAGAGGCGCACUUCUACCGCCAGCAGCACGCCAAGUGCGCCCAGCGUGCCACCAGCAUGCUGCGCUCCGUGACACGCGGGGGCCGGAGAGGGGGAGGGAGGAGAAGCGGAGGAGGAGUUGGAGACGGAGUGGGAUUAGAUGGGAGAGGUGAUGGGGAUGGGGAUGCAGAGGCGGAGGGGGAGCAGCAAUGGCAGGGAGGGGGCAGAGAGUGGCAGCAGCAGCAGGAGCAGCUGGUGCUGGGGGCACGGUCAUUAGCGGGUGCAUGUCGGGGCGACAUGGAGCGGUUCCUGGCGUCGCUGCUGCUGCUGCGCCACGCCUGCUGCCACCCUCAGAUCGGCUCGGGUGGGCUCAGACCGCUGGGAUCACAGGGCCGCCCCAUGCACAUGGGCGAGGUGCUGCAGGUGAGAUGCGUGGUGCAGGUGAGAUGCGUGGUGCAGGUGAGAUGCGUGGUCCAGGUGCUGUUGGAGAAGGCGCGGGUGGAGGCGGAGGAAGCCCAGCGUCUCCUCAUCUCCGCCCUCAACGGCCUCGCUGCCCUCGCCGCCAUCCACGCCCCCGCCCUCCCCCUCCACCUCUCCUCACGCCCCACCCCUUCCUCCUCCUCUCACUCUCCCCUCCUCAUUGACAAGAGUGUUGAGCAGUGGCGCGCGGGGGCGGUGCAGGCGGUGGGCAUUUACCGUGACGUACUGCGCCUCAUGGAUGGCCAUGGGCCCGCCCAUGUUGAGACAGCGAGGGGAUGGGAUGGGGAUGGAGAUGGGGAUGGGGAUGGGGAUGGGGACGGAGAUGGGGUUGGGGAUGGGGAUGGGGAUGGGGAUGGGGUUGGGGAUGGGGAUGGGGAUGGGGAUGGGGAUGGGGAUGGGGAUGGGGAUGGGGAUGGGGUUGGGGAUGGGGUUGGGGAUGGGGAUGGGGAUGGGGAUGGGGUUGGGGAUGGGGAUGGGGAUGGGGAUGGGGAUGGGGAUGGGGAUGGGGAUGGGGAUGGGGAUGGGGAUGGGGAUGGGGUUGGGGAUGGGGAUGGGGAUGGGGAUGGGGAUGGGGAUGGGGUUGGGGAUGGGGAUGGGGAUGGGGAUGGGGAUGGGGAUGGGGAUGGGGAGGAAGGCAGAGAGAAGGGGUUGUGUGUGGGUGGCCCCCUCCCACAAGGCGGUGUGCUGCGCACAGACCCCCUGCAGCGCCUGCACGUGCUGCACAACCUGCAUGACCUGCUCGCCCUGUUGCACGCCACCAGGGAUGGAGAAGGGACGGGAGAGGGUGGGCAGGGGUGCAGUGCGGUGGGGCCUGGUCGUGAUGGAGCAGGGUUGGGUGUGGCGCGGACACUGAGGGACGAGCGGCUGGAGGCGGAGAGCAGCGAGGUGAAGGAACGCUACCUGGCGCCCGUGAGGGCCCGUGCUGCUGCUGCUCACAGGGCCUUCGAGGAGACACACUCUCAGGUGGGUUGGAUUGGGUGA